AUGUUGACUCAAUCCUGUGGCAACGUCCCGUUUCUAAUAGCACUGAGUGAAUCAUUCGAGCACAGUAAGCUGCUUUUAGACGAUAAUGAAUAUGACAACUUUCUGUGGGAUAUACUGAAACACGCACUGAUAGCUCUUGCACCCGAAACUAAAAAAAUAGUCCUGGUUGUGGAUGGUGUCGAGGAGGCCCUGUGUGACCAGCAACCCUUUUUGGUUAAACUAAAAUCUAUGCUAUCAGGUAUUCCGAAUAUGAAACUGAUAACCCUUGGCACGGACCAGCCUAUGGUAGAAGAAGGUCUGCUCCGCGUACAUAUCAUGCCAGAUAUGAUUACCAACGAUAUAUCUGUUGUCAUUCGAACAUUAUUCGAAGGCGAGCAGACAUGGCGGGGUCUUUCUGAGCUUGAUCAAGAAAUUAUCAUCGAUCAAAUCACUGAAACGAGUGAGGGGUCCUUUUUGUGGGCGAAGCUCGCAUUCAGACACACUUGUGUUCAGGAAACCUCGGAUCAACUUCAGGAGGCCGUGGAAAAUCUCACCACCAACAAACCCAGUAUCUCCGACCUGAUUCUUCUUAUUCUGAACCAAGAGGAUGUGUUUAUUGAGGCUAAAAAUAUGCUCCCACUACUGGCCAUUUCCCAGCGUCCUUUGCGUCCGGCUGAGCUCAAGAUCUUGGCUUCUAUCUUGAUCGACAAACAAAUUGCCCCUGUCAAUGACAUUGAACAUCAUGCCUCCCUUUACCAAACCUUGAGUCCUCUUAACGAAUUAGUUUCUCUCGCGGGCGAUCUGAUUUCCCUUGGUCAUAGAAUGAUAAAAGACGGAAUCUUGGAUCUCUUGUCCCAAAGAAAGUUGGACUACCACGAGGAUCCCGAUAUUGACUUCCUUACUCGGCUCUUCAUCUAUCUCAAAUGUUCUAUUGAAAAUUCGAGUGAGCCUGCCUUCGAUGCACUUGAUCAGGACACUGCCGUCACAUUGCAAAGCCAGAAGCCACUGCUUCAAUACGCUCUUCGAUACUGGCCUGCUCAUUUCCAAAGCCUGUCUGCUUCCCAGAAGGACAGUACUAUUGAUCACUUGGAGAAGAUUACCAACGUCCUCCUAAUGUCAACGACUUUCAUCAGACUUCUUAGCACUGUUUGGGACGUGCUAUCAAAGCCUGACUGCUUAAGGUACCAUGAAACUAUGACCGGCCUCUACCGCAAGUCAGUUGGUGAUGAUCAUGUUGUUACCUUGCAGUGUAUAAUACUCCAGGCAUCCCAAUAUCACCAAGUCGGCUCUAUUAACAAAGCCAUUGCCCUUUAUUAUGAAGCAGCCAUGCUCAGUCGAAAAGCUCUGGCGAAGCAACUUCUUUUAACAUCCAAGUUGGUCAACCAAUUCUUAGAGUUGACUAAGGAUCAGAGCACGAGCUCCGACACCUGGGUUAUACGUUGCAGGCAUGAAUGUUUGUUGCUCCUUGUAGAAUGUGAUAAGCUUCAAUACGGGGAUACAUCGGGAGAGUUUAUUGCCGCAACAAAGUUAUUGGCUGAGCAUCACGAAGUACUUGGCGAGGAGCGACAAGCUCAGGAGAUCCUCGCCUCCAUCAAACCCUCCAGCGCAUAA